AUGGACAGAAAGCGACUUGACGAUCCCGGAGAAGAUAUUAUUGGCUUCUAUGCUGUAUUAAGCAUCACAUUCAUAUUCCUGCAUCUUAACUGUCUGGGCAAUAUUUAUAUAUUCUGGCGAACGUUUAUAAAAUGGAAAAAGAGAUCGCCGUUGGAGACUAACCUCCUGUUCCCAUUUUAUACUGCUAUCACAGGUGAGAUCGCAGAGAGGGUGGCUUUUAUGUUGUUUGCGGUACAUGAAGUAAAUAUGAUUUACCUGGCCAUCAAAGCCCGCCCGUUGGAUAAGCCAGUAUGUACUAUCGUAGGAGCUUUUAUUACAGGAACAGAAGCCGCACAGAUGGCAUUAGCAUGUACAAUGGCCGUAUCAACAUACUUAAGAGUAUGCAAACAAAAAGAAAUUGACCCUAGUUAUAAUUAUCACAAGUUAUUUCUUAUUAUGUUCUUUGCUGCUGUCAUAGCCAUUGCAAUAGAAUUUCGUGAAUUAGGUCCAGCGAAAUAUUGGUGUGCAGCUGCCAGAUUUGCUCCGUGCAUCGUGCUUGUUCUGAGUACUGCUACAUUUGUUGUAACCCUGUUUUGUUACGUCAAAGUCAUUCGAAGUGUUGUUAGCGCUAGAGUUAAUAUAGAAGCAGCGUAUAGCGACGAAUUGGCCAACCGACAAAACUUGGAAGCGAUAGUAGCCAAGAAAAUUUCUAGUUACUUGUUAAUAUAUUUACUGCAAUGGAUUCCCAUUAUGGUAUAUGAUAUUGGACUGCUCGCAGGAAGCUCUUCAAGGUGGUUUUACAUCUGUGCUGGGAUAGGUCUCAAUCUCGGAGGGAUAGGCAAUUCGAUUCAGUAUGCAUUUAACGAAGGUGCGUUGUCCCGUGACAGCGAAAGUAGUUAA